AUGGGCGGACGGCCGCUCUGGCAGGCCGAGAUCGGGCGCAUCAUCGCGAGGACAGAGGAAAACCUCCGCGCGCCGAGGACCGGCCCUCCGCUCUACAAGGUGCCGCGGGUUGCCGAGGCGGCCUUCACCGCGCCGCUGCUGCACGCCUCAUUCAUGACGUCGGCGGCCUCCGCUGAGGAGCGCCGCACGACUGCGCCAGCGGCGACGGUGCCAAUCGAACCCUCGCCGCCGCCGAGCGCGUCGGUGAUCGCCGCCCUCACCUCGGGACUCUCGGGCGAGGCUCGGACGGUGGCCACGAGGCUGCUCGAGCACACACGCGCAGACAUCGACCUGCGCAGCAACCUAGCGGGCCGGCACGCGCAGGCGCUCCGCGAGGAGCUGGCGCACGGACUGCACGAGGCGGAGCGGCGGUGGGUCGACCUUGCGAAGGAGAUCGAGGCGACGGUGAGUGGCGCAAUCGAGGCGGAGAGGCAGCUGCGGGCGGGCGGGGAGGAGAAGACGACGCGGCUGGAGGCGUCGGUCGCCGCGACGCGCAAGGAGCUGCUCGGGCUGAUCGGGGACGGGCAGGCUGAGCUCGUCGAGCAGGGCGGCGUGCUGCGGCAGGUCGAGCAGGAGAGCGAGCUGGGCUGGGGGCAGGGGUCCCGCUGCGAGGAGGAGGGGGCCUUCACAGCCUCCGGGUGUGAACAGGAGCUGCUCGCCUUCAAGGCGGAGACGGAGGUGGCGCUCGCCGAGGAGGGGAAGCGGCUCUCCGCGCUAGCCGAGCGGCAGCGCGUCGUCGCCGGGGAGCUCCGACUCGGCGGCGGCAGGCGAGACAAUCGGCCGGCUGCCG